ACACACUCUUCUGUUGUGGCCACAGCAAAAGUUCUUAACCCAAGAUGAAGUGCUUGGCGUUUGUGCUCCUGGCGGCUGCCGUUUGCGCUUCCGAAGUCGAGAAGCGAGAGGCGGAGCCCAGCGUAGUUUAUCAUUCCGGCUACACAACUUCAGUUCAUCUACCGACCUACGGACCAUCCCUCCCUACUCACCACCACAAGAGAUCAGCAGAUGCUGAGCCUUCCAGUCCUUAUGGCGUCAGGACCAUCUCCCACACUCCUGUUUAUGGUGGAUAUGGACACAACGUUCAUACACUCCACAAAAGGGCUGCUGACGCUGAAGCUUCUCGACUUUACUCUCACAGAAGCUAUUCUUCCAUCCCCGUAGCCCACGGAGGAUACCAUGGUCACCGGUUCCACAAGAGGUCUGCUGAGCCCGAAGCUGAGGCUGAGGCUUCUCAGAGUUAUCUCCCUUAUCUUCCAUAUGCUCCAGCUGCAACUUACGGCCGACACAUCUACAAGAGGUCCGCUGAACCAGAAGCUGAGGCUGAGGCUUCUCGUGGUUAUCUCCCUUAUCUUCCAUACACUCCAGUUGCACCUUACGUCCGACACAUCUACAAAAGGUCUGCUGAACCAGAGGCUGAGGCUGAGGCUUCUCAGAGUUAUCUCCCUUAUAUUCCAUAUGCUCCAGCUGCAACUUACGGCCGACACAUCUACAAGAGGUCUGCUGAACCAGAAGCUGAAGCUGAGGCUUCUCACGGUUAUCUCCCUUAUCAUCCAUACACUCCAGUUGCACCUUACGGCCGACACAUCUACAAAAGGUCUGCUGAACCAGAAGCUGAAGCUGAGGCUUCUCACGGUUAUCUCCCUGCUUACAUUCCCUACACUCCUGUGCAAACUCCAUACAGCCGACACCUCUACAAGAGGUCUGCUGAGCCUGAGGCAGAGCCAUCUUACCUAUACGCUCCUGUCUCUUACGCACAUACUUCUGUUUAUCGUCCUGCUUCUGUUUAUCGUUCCCUCUAUUACUGAGCCGGUACAUGAUGGACAAUUAUGCCAAACAGGAGCCAUAGUGUGUCAUCUUAUGAAUUCAACCGGAAAAAAAAUCAAUAAAUCUUCACGAA